UGUCUAUAAUUGUCACAUGAUCGCAGUCACUCUUUACCCGGAAACGUCAAAACAAUGGCAGCGUACCUGCAGUGGAGAAAAUUCGCAUUUUUCGACAAAGACGAAGUAUUGGAUCGAUUAGAUCAUGGGAAAAACUUUGAUCUCCCCAAAGGAAUAUCUGCUUGCGACACUGGACGUGGUCAUAUUGUCCUUGGAGAUAUGGAUGGCAACAUCUGGCUUUUAAUGCGGUCAUUGCAGCUGUCAACUUUCCAGGCGUACAAGUUGCGAGUAACACAUCUCUUCCAACUGAAACAACACAGUAUCCUUGUAACAGUGGGACAGGACGAACACGGAAUUAACCCCCUUGUAAAGGUGUGGAAUUUAGACAAAAGAGACAGCGGGAAUCCUCUCUGCACAAGAAUCUUUCCUGCAAUUCCAGGCAACAAACCAGCAGAAGUCUCUUGCCUCAGUGUACAUGAGAACCUCAACUUCAUGGCCAUUGGUUUCACAGAUGGCAGUGUGGUUCUAACCAAAGGUGACAUCACUCGGGAUCGUCAUAGUAAAACUCUGACUUUGCAUGAAGGAACCAUCCCAGUCACAGGUCUUGCUUUCCGCCAAGUUGCAAAAGUCACGCACCUGUUUGUUGCUACUCUUGAGAAAGUCCAUUGCUACACCCUGUCUAGCAAAGAGUAUCCAAAAGUAGAGCUGGAUACACACGGGUGUGCUCUUCGCUGCUCCUCCCUCACAGAUCCCUCGCAGGAUUCUCAGUUUAUAGUGGCGGGAGAUGAAUGUGUGUAUUUGUACCAGCCAGACGAACGAGGGCCCUGCUUUGCCUUCGAUGGAACCAAACUUUUGGCCCACUGGCAUCGAGGAUAUCUUUUCUUACUUACAAGGAAUACAAAGUCACCCAACAAGUUUGGAAGCAGGGAAAGCUCUCCAUCAGACAAACAGCUUCUGACCAUCUACGACUUGGACAACAAGUUCAUUGCCUUUAGUGCCUCAUUUAACGAUGUCAUUGAUGUCGUGGCUGAGUGGGGCUCCUUCUAUAUCCUCACCAGAGAUGGUAAAAUGUAUGUUCUUCAGGAGAAGGACACACAGACCAAACUUGAGAUGCUGUUUAAGAAGAAUUUGUUUGUAAUGGCCAUAAACCUAGCAAAAAGCCAGCACCUGGACAGUGAUGGUUUAUCAGAGAUUUUCAGACAGUAUGGCGAUCACCUCUACCUUAAGGGAGACCAUGAUGGUGCUAUUCAGCAGUACAUUCGUACAAUUGGAAAACUGGAGCCAUCUUACGUCAUUCGGAAAUUUUUGGAUGCACAGAGAAUCCACAACCUGACAUCUUACCUACAAGCAUUGCACAGGCAGUCACUGGCCAAUGCAGACCACACCACACUACUGCUGAACUGUUACACCAAGCUGAAGGACAGUUGUAAGCUGGAAGAGUUCAUUAAGAGCAGUGAAAGCGAGGUUCAUUUUGAUGUUGAGAUUGCUAUUAAGGUUCUACGACAGGCUGGCUACCACAGCCACGCUGUUUUCUUGGCAGAAAAGCACAUGCACCAUGAAUGGUAUUUGAAGAUUCAACUCGAAGAUCUCAAGAACUAUGAGGAAGGGCUGCGUUACAUCGGACGUCUUCCUUUUGAACAAGCUGAAAGCAACAUGAAGCGAUAUGGCAAGACAUUGAUGCAUCACAUUCCUGAAGGUACAACCAUGCUUCUGAAGGGGUUAUGCACAAACUACCAACCAAGUGGUGACACCGCUGAAACAGACAGACAGUUGGAGAAAAAACAGCUCAAAAAGGCCAAUUCUGAGGAAUUCAUCCCAAUUUUUGCCAACAACCCCAGAGAACUCAAAGCCUAUCUAGAGCAUAUGAUUGAGGUGGAUUCCCGUUCUCCUCAAGGGGUUUAUGACACACUGCUUGAGCUCCGACUGCAAGACUGGGCACAUGAACAACACCCUGAGAAAAAAAAGAUCCUGCAAAAUGAAGCCUUGUUACUAUUGAGGAGCGACAACACUGUGUUUGAUAAAGCCCUGGUCCUCUGUCAGAUGCACAAUUUCAAAGAGGGCGUCCUUUACCUGUAUGAGAAGGGCAAACUAUACCAGCAGAUUAUGCACUAUCACAUGCAGAAUGAGGUGUAUGACAAAGUGGUAGAGGCUUGUAAAUGUUAUGGGGACCAGGAAGGUUGUCUGUGGGAACAAGCUCUGGGAUACUUUGCAAGAAAAGAAGAAGACUGCAAGGCAUACAUCAGUGAAGUUUUGCAUCACAUUGACCAGAACAACUUGAUGCCUCCUUUACUUGUAGUGCAAACACUAGCACACAACUCUACAGCAACCCUCUCGGUCAUCAAAGACUACCUAAUCAAUAAGAUGCAAAGAGAAAGCGAACAAAUUGAAGACGAUGAACGUAAAAUCCACCAAUAUCGUGAGGAAACUGCCCACCUGCGCUCUGAGAUCCAGGACCUUAAGACAAGUGCAAAAAUCUUCCAGAAGACAAAGUGUAACAUGUGCAACAGUCCACUGGAGCUCCCAUCCGUCCAUUUCCUGUGUAGCCACUCCUUCCACCAACACUGCUUUGAAAGUUAUGCAGAGAGCGAAGCUGAGUGCCCAACGUGUACUCCAGAAAACCGCAAAGUCAUGGACAUGCUGCGUGCUCAGGACCAGAAGCGAGACCUGCAUGACCACUUCAACAGACAGCUACGCAGCUGUCAUGAUGGAUUUUCUGUUGUGGCUGACUACUUUGGCCGAGGAGUUUUUAACAAACUAACUCUUCUUACGGACCCACCUGGCAGCAAACCUGUUGGUAAUCUAGAAGUCGGUCUACAGAGAGACCUUCUCAUCCGCACCAAGAGGAACUGCUAGAAAAUAUCUUUGGGGUCUGAAUCAUGUUUGUGUUAAUGUCCAGGUCACAGAUAAUGAUGUAAUCAACCAUGUCUUGCUGCAUAGCACAUUACUUUAUUAUCAAUGAUCUAUUCUACCUGCGAUGGACUCACUUGUCUACCCUGGGUUAUGAUUCACUAACUACAUAUUUUAGACUAAGGAAGACCUCUGAACAUUAAACCCUCUCAGAACUGCAA